CUCUGCUUCUGUCAGGUGCUGCCAGUGGAACAGACCUGGAGCCGGGAGUGUGAACCUACAGACUGAUAGGGGGGUUUUCCAUCAUUUCUUCUUCCAUUGAGUUUUCCCGUAAAAUGUCUCAGAAUCUGGAUAGCAUUUGUCGGAAACCCGGCCUGCAGAUAUGGUCCAUGGAGAAAAUGAAAAUGGCUCCACUUCCUGAGAAGGCCUAUGGGAGCUUCUUUGAAGGUGACUGCUACAUUCUCUUGUAUAACAAGCAGACCCCCAAUGGCUUGAUCAGUGAUAUUCACUACUGGAUAGGGAAGGACUCCUCCCAGGAUGAGCAGGGGUCAGCCGCCUUCUAUGCAACACAGAUCGACGGGGCCCUUGGGGGAAGCCCAAUCCAGCACAGAGAAGUACAAGGCUAUGAAUCUGCAACCUUUAAAAGUUACUUCAAGAAUGGAGUCAUAUACAAGAAGGGAGGAGUGUCCUCCGGGUUCAAACAUGUAGAGACAAAUAUGUACAACAUACGUCGCCUGUUGCAUGUGAAAGGGAAGAAACACGUCACUGCCACUGAGGUGCCAAUGUCCUGGAACAAUUUUAACAAAGGAGAUGUUUUUCUACUGGACCUGGGCAAAGUGAUCAUCCAAUGGAAUGGACCAGAGAGCAACAAAUCAGAAAGGAUACGGGCCUGUUCCUUGGCUCAGAGCAUAAGAGAUGAUGAAAGAGGAGGAAGAGCUCAGAUUGGCAUCAUAGACAACGAGCAGGAUUCUCCCGAUCUCAUGCAAAUCAUGGAGGCAGUGCUGGGGGCACGAACAGGGGAACUGAAAGAGGCUGUUCCAGAUGAGAAAGCAGAUGUACAACAAAAAGCAAAUGUUAGACUCUAUCAUGUAUUUGAAAAGGAUGCAAAUUUGGUGGUACAAGAACUCGCCACAAAGCCCCUGACCCAGGAUCUCCUGCAGCACGAUGACUGUCACAUUCUGGAUCAAGGCGGAGUGAAGAUCUACGUUUGGAGGGGUAAAAACUCCAGCCCGGAGGAAAAGAACGCAGCUUUCAGCCGAGCGGUGGGUUUCAUACAAGCCAAGGGCUACCCCCCAACUACUAAUGUGGAAGUAGUAAACGAUGGUGCCGAGUCGGCCAUGUUUAAGCAGCUGUUCCAGAACUGGAAGGACGUCGGGGAAACACAGGGUCUAGGAAAGACUUUUAAUGUCGGGAAAAUCGCUAAAGUGGAACAAACGAAAUUUGACAUAAACCAGCUCUACGCCCGGCCUGAAUUAGCGGCAGAGCAGAGGAUGGUGGAUGACGCUUCUGGGAAAGUUGAGGUCUGGAGAAUUGAAAAUCUGGAACUGGCAGAGGUAGAACCCAGGACCUACGGACAGUUCUAUGGGGGGGACUGCUAUUUAAUUCUCUAUACGUAUAUGAAGUCUGGGAAGCCAAACUAUCUUCUCUACAUGUGGCUGGGCCGCCACGCUUCCCAAGAUGAAGUUACAGCAUGUGCUUACCAGGCCGUACAGCUGGACAAAAUGUACCAGGACCAACCAGUCCAAAUCCGGGUGACUAUGGGGAAGGAACCCAGACAUCUGCAGGCCAUCUUCAAAGGAAAAAUGAUUAUAUAUGAGGGUGGAACAAGUCGAUCGGGAGUGCAGGAAUCAGAAGCUCCAAUCAAACUGUUCCAAGUCAAAGGAACCAAUGAAUACAACACCAAAUCCACAGAGGUUCCGGCGAGAGCAUCUUUCCUUAACUCAAAUGAUGUGUUUGUGCUGAAGACGGAGUCAAUGUGUUACCUCUGGUGCGGCAAGGGCUGCAGCGGGGAUGAGCGGGAAAUGGCAAAGACUGUUGCAAACAUCAUCUCAAAGCAGGACAAACAGACCAUCCUUGAGGGCCAAGAACCUGCAGAAUUCUGGGUGGCUCUUGGAGGAAAAGCCCCUUAUGCAAGCGAUAAAAGAUUCCAGGAGCAGGUUGUGCAGUACUCACCUCGGCUCUUUGAAUGUUCCAACCAGACUGGGCGCUUUGUAAUGACGGAAGUGGUGGGUUUCUGCCAGAGUGACCUUGAUGAGGACGAUGUGAUGUUAUUGGAUACCUGGGAAGAGAUUUUCCUUUGGGUGGGUAAAUCGGCCAAUGAUUACGAAAAGACGGAAUCGAUUAAAGCAUCUCAGGAGUAUCUGAAAGCACAUCCUGCAGGACGGGACUUGGCCACACCCAUAAUACUGGUCAAACAAGGACACGAACCUCCAACCUUCACAGGAUGGUUCAACGCUUGGGAUACACAUAAGUGGAGUUCAGACUUGUCUUAUGAAGAUAUGAAGAAGAGCUUGGGUGAUGUGUCGGCGAUAUCACAGAUUAGUGUGGACCUACAAAACACCAACCUAAACAAGAAGAGCACGAGCAAUGCCCCUGAAAAUGUCAACAUACCCAUGUACAGAUCCCACAGCCAAGAGAAUCUGCAAUAUAACAACAGUCACCAGGCAACGACCAAUGGAACCCAGGCUCCGAGCCAAGUCAAACAGAACUCUGAGCCCCUGCCAGAGAGCAACGGCAACCAAUGGUUUGAUAGAUCUUUCCUCAUCAACAAGACCACAGAAGAGUUGCCCGAUGGAGUGGAUCCAACCAAGAAGGAGCUGUACUUAUCCGACGCAGACUUCGCCGCCAUUCUGGGGAUGCCUAAAGCACAAUUCUACGAGCUGCCAAAAUGGAAGCAACAAAACCUGAAGAAGCAAUACGGCCUGUUCUAAAGAAAUUCCAUUGACGACUCCGGUUCUUGCCAAUAAUAAGAACUUAAUGGCCCCGCCCCCUAGUUUCUGAAAUACGUUUAUUUACAAGAAAUCCCGCCUUCCCCUUAUGCAUUAUACCCUGUGCAAGUGUGUGAGGAUUCCUGACACGGUGGGUGCCAUUUUGUUUUUGGAUGUUGGUAGGUGGAGCCGAGGAGGCGGGAUUGAGAGCAGCGCUGCCAUUAGAUUCUCUAUGUGUGGAGCCAUUUUCCACAGCUGAAAGGGUCACUACACAUCGUCAGGCAGCGAAGUACAAAAUGAGUCUAAUAAUAUAUCGAGUUUAUGUGUGGGGUCACUCCUUUGCCAAUUCUUUUAAUAAUAAUAUUAUUUGCCAGCCUGAGACACUGAGCUGAGACGUUAUAAAACAGAAGGUGUAACAGGCAUCACAUGGUAUGAGGGCGGAACAUACGUUACAUUUCAUAUUUACAUUUAUAGGCCAUUGUUAUCCAUUUAGAGGCGUCAUUCAUCUGAGUACGGGAAAUGCCAUAAAGCAAAGACUUAUGGCAGAUCCCACUCGUGCUCUUGGGUAGAGCUGCAAAUAUACAUGGAAUAUCUCAAUAAACCAUGACUAUGCUUAGAGCUAAAUGUGACGUUAUCCUUUUGAAUUUUCUAUUUCAGUACUUAUAAUAUUAUAUGAUUGAAUAAAACAUUUUGAGAACA